ACCCCCACAGGUCUUGAGCAGCCUUCAGGUGAAAUGAAAAAUGAAGGAACAUUGUCAGAUCCAAGGCCAGAUGACCCUCCCCAAUAUAAUUCUCAUUUCGUACCAGGACCACCAGAACCAGCUGUCCCUCCACCUGCAGGCGAACCAGGAGGCCUGCCUAUGGGAUACUACAGUCCACAGCAGCCCAGUACCUUCCCUUUGGGCCAGCCAACUGAUCCUAUCCAGUAUCCACCUGGUGAAUACCCUGUGCUGAAUCAGCCUGUUGCAGGUGUGUGGAUGCCAGGGCCACCUCCUGUGCCAAACUGCCCUCCUGGUCUGGAAUACUUAACUCAGCUGGACAACAUACAUGUUUUCCAGUACUAUGACCCUCUGGAAAUGACAACAAAUUUUGUAGCCAAUAAUAGAUAUGAUGUUAAAAACAACCAAAAUCAAGUGAUUUACAUCGUAAAUGAAGAUUCAGAUAGCUGUACGAGGAACACUUGUCCCUCACUAAGGCCCUUCGUCCUCCGGGUCACUGACGGCACGGAGCAGGAAAUCAUGACAAUGCAGAGACCUUGCAGAUGCUCCUGCUGCUGUUGCUGCUGCCCCUCAGCCAGACAAGAGAUGGAGGUGCAAUGUCCCCCUGGAGUCACCCUUGGCUUUGUUAGUGAGGAUUGGAGUUUGUGCCGGGCAGUUUACAGCAUUCAAAAUGAGAAGAAAGAGAAUGAGAUGAGAGUGCGUGGACCAUGCAUGGAGUCUGGUUCAGUGACUGUUUAUGAGGUCACAUCCCCUGAUGGUGUAUCCCACAUUGGCAGCAUUAUUCGGAAGUGGCGUGGUAUGUUAUCUGAAACAAGAGAUGCCGACCACUUUGACAUUCAGUUCCCCUUGGAUUUGGAUGUGAAGAUGAAGGCCAUGAUUUUGGGAGCUUGUUUCCUCAUUGACUUCAUGUAUUAUGACAGUCCUCCAUUUCCGCGUUCAUCAAAAUAG